AUGGAGGACUUGCCUUUUUAUCCACCAGGCCAAUUGAUGAUUAAUGCCUCAAAGCUUAAGUUUAAUAACGAAAGCUUGAAGGCAGUUAAUCCGCAGUUUGGCAAAUAUUUGCAGACGCUGAAUUUGGACUAUGACAAUAUGACUGCGAUACUUGAGACUCUGCUGCGCAUUGAAGACAUAACAACAAUGCAAUGCUACGCAAAGCUGAUGAAAGGGGAGAAAAUAUUGAUCAACUUUAAUAACGAAGACACAAGUGUGAUCGAGUGUGAAGUGAAGCUGAGCGCAAAGGAAGUGAACGCUGAGGAUAUUUUGGCGCCGGGCAUAGACGAAGUUGUGCUGGUGUCCAAAGGCAGCUUAAUGGCUUCGCCUUGGCCAAUUGACAUCAUCCUGGCACAGCUGCCACAUGCGCAUGAAGCUCUGAAGCUUGGGGAUCCAAUGCGCCGUUUUGUUGGCCUGGUUAAGAAAGUGAAGCGCACAAGCGUUGUCCUGGAAUUUAGCAAAAGGGUCGCCACCUUUCUAUACGACAGGAAGUUUCAUUUUAUCUUUCGCUCUGGUCGCGUACCCCUGCGACUUAUGUAUGCUGCACUGCGUCUGCUGCAAGCUGAUGCUGCAACUCGUCGUUAUCUGUUUCCCAACCGACAGCAGUUGAAUGCGCCAGCUGCAACUUUGCCCAAAUUUCCACUGUUCAAUCAAACGAUCGCCGCCAACAACGAGCAACUGCAGGCUGUGCAACAAAUUGUGGCAGGACCCAGCACAUUGGCGCCUUAUAUACUUUUUGGACCCCCAGGAACUGGAAAGACUACUACGCUAGUGGAGGCCAUACUUCAAUUGCAUCUUAAUCCCAAAAAUCGCAUACUCGUGGCUUGUGGCUCGAACUCGGCAUGCGAUACAAUAGCUUUGAGGUUAUGUGAAUACUUUGAGCAGCUGCUGCUGAAUGCGACUGAUGCAAAGCCCUUGGUGCGCUUGUACUCCAAGCUGCGUGUUAAAAAAGGACUCAAGGAAGUGCCGCCGCUGCUGCUGCGUUACGCCAACGUUGAGCGUAGCCGCUGUGAACUCGACCGGAAGCUGAAACUUGCGUACAAAACAUUGAAAAGCGUUGUGACCAAGAUUAAUGUGGCCACGCUCUGCACUGCUCAAGUGCUCAAGCUACAAGUGCCCGACAUCAGCUUUACGCAUAUUUUUAUAGAUGAAGCAGCAGCCGCCACUGAGCCAGAGGCGCUGCUGGCUAUUGUGGGGCUCAAGGGGCCAAGCACUCAUGUCAUACUUUCGGGUGAUCACAAGCAGCUGGGCGCCGUCAUUAAGAGUCAGCGUGCCGCCAGCUUGGGCUUGGGUCAUUCUCUUAUGGAGCGUCUGCUCUACCACGAGCUCUACGCGCUGAAUGCGCAGGGCAGCUAUGAGCAGCGUCUGCAGACGCGUCUGCGUCGCAACUAUCGCUCCCAUCCGGCAAUUGUUGGCGUCUACAAUCAGCUCUACUACAACGGCGAGCUGCUGGCCCAAGUCACCCAAGCAGCCAGCUGCGCCUUGCUGCCCAACCCUCAGUCGCCUGUGCUGUUCCACAGCGUGCAUGGCUGCGUAGCACGCGCGGCACACAGCGCCAGCAGCUACAAUGAGCUGGAGGCGCAUGUGGUGCUCUGGUAUAUACAGCAGCUGCUCAGACGCGGCCUGGACCCACAAACGAAAGUUGCUCAGCGCGACAUUGGCGUAGUCUCGCCCUACUUGGCUCAGUGUCGCCUAAUCGAACUCAAGCUGCGCCAGUUGGGCAUACGCCGCUUGGAGGUGGGCAGCGUCGAAAGCUAUCAGGGCAGAGAGAAGCCAAUUAUUAUUGUUAGCCUGGUCAGCUCGUUUAAUCACAUCUCCAGCUUUGUAGCCAAUCCGCGUCGCAUCAAUGUUUUGCUCUCCCGCGCCAAAUCGCUGCUCAUUCUUGUGGGAAAUCCCACCACACUGAGUACAGUCAAUGAUUUCAAGUUUAUUAUUGAUUACUGCAAGCUAGCGGGCAAUCUGAAUUCUCAAAAGUCUCAAAAAUCCAAGAGCAAGAAAAAAUUAGCCAAAGCUGAGCCAGAGCUUAAGGCUUUGUCUAACAAUGUUAAGAAGCUAAGCUUAAACAAUUAG